AUGACAAAUGCAUUUGUUCAUGAAUGCGGACGCAAUAUGCUUUCACAAGAUUUUCAAACGUUAUUCACAGUAGUGGCAAAUCAGCUGACUAGCAGUAAACCGGCGCUUCAGUUGGCAGCAGCGUCGGCACUUGCUAACUGGAGCUUGUUCCUUCUGAAAAAAUCGGAAAAGGUUGCUGAGUUGGGCCCACGAGAGGAUGCUAUCCGCGCUAUUGUAAAGUUGUGUGAUGAACGACUACAAUCAUUCGGAUCUGUUAGUGAAGGUGCUAUGAUACGGUUGCUUCAAGCCAUCGUAACCCUAAUGUGGGGCGACACAACUGUCAUUACUCUUGCAAAAUCUCGCAAUAUGCUGGCUAUUGUCAACAAGAUAAAGGAUGCUGUUGUUGAUGAACGGGGGAAGAAUAUCGCAAGAGACAUUGCUGAGAUGAUUUACGCGGUUUAA